GUCGUUCAGUUACAGAUGAAACUGCGUCGUUUUGUUUCAUGUUGUCUUGUCCCGAGAAGUUCAUUUUGUUCACUGUUCAAAAACCAGAGCGCAAGCUAACCCAAACUCAAACGAAAGACACAUGAAACAAGGGAAACAGAAAUGGCUCGAUACAAUCGCGCAAUCACGGUGUUUUCUCCGGACGGGCACUUCUUCCUGGUGGAAUACGCUCUAGAAGCCGUCCGAAGGAAACGCCGCCAUUGGAGUACGUGGCACCGAUAUUUCGAGAAGAAAUCCACCGCUAAGCUGCAAGACUCCUGGCUGAUCCUUCAGGAACAUUUUCUGCAUGGAAAGCCAACGCAACUGGUAGGAAUUCAAAUUCACUGUGAGAGUUUCUUGAGAAAAAUUAUAGGGAAACUUCUGGGCAAGAAAACUGUGAAGUUAGCAAUUCGUGCUCUGCUGGAAGUUGUUGAGACUGGGGGUAAGAACAAAGCCGUGAUGAUGAAAGAGCAUGGCCUGCGGCAGCUCGAAGAAGCGGAAAUUGAUGCCAUUGUCUCUGAGAUUGAAGCAGAAAAAGCAGCAGACGAGGCUGCAAAAAAGGCCCCUCCUAGAGCAACCUCGCUUUAUUGAAUGAAAAAAAUAUACUAUUUUCUCAUCUUGAUGUGCCAAUAUGAUUUGGAUGGCCAUUAGGAUGGAUGUUGAACAGGGUUAAAUUUGCCACUUGCAAGAAAGUUGCUUGUUAGUUUUUGCAAGUGGGUUGUUAGUUUUUGCAAGUGGGCUCUUUAUGAUUUGCUGACAGUACUUCUGUGUUACCCAAAUUAAGAAAAGUAGGCAACUUGUCCUUUUUGUCA